AUGUUUCGCCGCGAACAGGUCAAGACUCGCAUGCAGCUUGAAACAGGAAAAUCACAACAUGGUCUUAUAGGGAGCUUUCAGUCGAUCAUUAAAGAAGAAGGCUUCGGGCGCCUCUACAGAGGACUGGUUCCGCCAUUACUACUCGAAGCACCCAAGCGUGCGACUAAGUUCGCUGCUAAUGACUUCUGGGGAAAGACGUAUCUCAAGCUUACUGGCGAGUCGAAGAUGACCCAACAAUUAUCCAUCCUCACGGGUUGCAGUGCUGGUGCCACCGAAAGCUUCGUCGUAGUACCAUUCGAGUUGGUUAAAAUCAAACUCCAAGAUAAGAUGAGCACAUAUUCCGGACCAAUGGAGGUGGUCAGACAGGUUAUCCGAAAAGAAGGUGUACUCGGGCUCUACGUGGGUAUGGAAGCCACUUUCUGGAGACACUUCUGGUGGAAUGGAGGAUACUUCGGGUGUAUAUUCCAAGUUCGUGGGCUGUUGCCCAAAGCCGAGUCCGCGCAGGCGCGGUUGAUGAACGACCUCAUCGCCGGGACUGUUGGUGGAUUUGUUGGGACAGCGAUCAACACACCGUUUGAUGUCGUGAAAUCGCGAAUUCAAGGCUCCACAAAGCAAGCCGGUGUGGUUCCCAAGUAUAAUUGGACAUACCCUGCACUGGUUACUAUCUUCCGAGAAGAAGGUCCCGCAGCGUUGUACAAAGGAUUUGUGCCCAAAGUUUUGCGACUUGCACCAGGCGGCGGUGUCCUCUUGCUCGUAGUUGAGGUGACAUUGAAUCUCUUCCGGCAGGCACUGGGUCCGCCGUAUCUAUAA